GCUAGCCAUCCCGUCCGAUCUGGCAUAUAUAAGCAGUUUACCGGCGGAUUAGUAGUUAGGUGGGUGACCACUAGCGAAUCCCCGCUGUCGUAUGUUUUUUUUGUUGUUCAUGUGUGUGUUUUUCUUUUUUGCCAGCUUGCCCAGGUCACGUGUAGGGUCUUGGCAUGCUCUCAGAGUACCCGCCUCACCAUACAUACGACCAAUAUCAAGCAAGGUUGCACAUGA